AUGUCACUAACUGGAAUACUACUUGAUGUUUCUGGUUCUAUGAAGAGAAACAUUGGAAGCGGUACUGAUGAAGAAGGUGGACCUUGGGCUCAAUCUAUUUUCAAUGUUAUCGAUGACCUGAUUGAACAUGAUCUUACAUCUGAGGAUCGUGUCUUUGCAAUAGGCGUCGGUGCAGAAUUUCCCGGCAAAGAAAUAUUUGAUGUUAUUGGAACUCUCAACAGGCCUGCAACUGAAGACCAUAUCAACGAGAUCUUUGAUUUUCUCGAGAGAAACGGUGCACGCAACAUACGUAAAUGGGCCUGCGAUUUUAAACUGAUUCAAGAUGUACUGUCUGAUUAUAUGGCAACAUUGACUCUGCAAGAACUUAAGUCGGACGAACAGUUUGUCAAAAAAUUUGUGGACGAGUUUUUACCACCCAGUUGUCGUGAUAGAGUACAAACAGCAUCUCAUGCUGGCGGCCAACCUCGAACCCAGCCUUCCCAUCCGAGUGAGAGGAGCGCAGAAUCAAUCCCGAUCUCAUUCGAUCCUAGAACUGGCACAUUCACGAACCAAAACUUUCAUUUUCAAUCCAGAGGAGCGCAGAAUGAAAGCUGGGCUUCAUGGUUGGCCGGCAGCGUACAAUUUGGUCUACGUACAGCAGCGAACAUGGCAGAAAAUGCUACUGUAUCGGCAGUUAGUUGUAUUAGAUCAGCUACGAGAGAGGAAAUCGAAGAAGUUGUAAGGAAAGCAAAAUGCUAUUUGGAAGACUCCUCUCGUGUUUUGAAAAAUGUAGAAACCCGCUCUAAAUUCAGUGUGGAAGAUGCCCCUCGCAUUUUAAAAGACGUAGUAACCCACUCAAUAUUCACUGUACAAGAUGCCUCCCGCAUUAUUCGUGGAUGUGUCGGUGAGAAGGGACUUAACGAACUUUCUAAAGAACGGAAACAAGAGUUACUCGAGAACGUCGAGCCUUUUAUUUAUGGCGGAACGCCGUUGUAUGGAUCUCUCGAAAAGGCAAUAAAGCUUUUUGAAAGAGAUAGGUCUAAGAACAAACUGCUUUUCGUGCUAUCAGAUGGAGAGCCUGCAGACGGCAGAAUUGGUGAUAUCGCCAGGAUCAACCAAAUUACCUCCGAACUAAAUGAAGCAGGCGUCAAAACAGUGUCUUGUUUUAUCACCGCAUCCACAAAUAUUGAUCCAAAACGUUUGUACGAUGAAAUUCCACCUCCACCUACUUGGGAACAUGGAGCUGAGUUUCUGUUUUCGUUGAGCUCUGAAGUACGAACACAGGAUUUAGUGGCACGAGCCAUUUUGGUUAAACGUGGUUGGAAGAUCGACAUCGCCAAAAAUGAAACAAAGUUGUUCAUGCAAGUCAAUCAUCCAGACAACUUAAGGUAUUAAAUUCAACAAGGCCUCUUUUAGGAAAUCAUCAGUGGGGUCCCCAUUAAGAAAAAUGGCCUAAAUGUCCAAAAAUGGCCUAAGAAACGAUAUGCUAAUAAUAUAUUCUCGCUAUACCGAUACCGAAAAUUUCUCAUACCGACUAUGUUUUAAACUAUUGUCUGUAUUCAUAAAAUCAUUUUCAGCUGUUUUGAUAAGAUUUUUAAUGUGAUCAAGAGACAUAAAAAUACCUUCAGAAAACAAAAGCAUUCAGUUAUGAUAGCAUCAAAACACCCUUCCUAACUUAUUCUUCCCGAAAAACAGCACACCGUUACGGGGCAGGGGAUUAGCAACAUGGAGACUGAGGGGACUAGCCUAAUGGCUGAUAAACGAUAUAACAUUGGCAAUUUAGCAUUAUUCUAACUUUUUAUGAAAUUACUUUCAGGGAAGCAUGCAAAGUGGCCAAAAAUGUCGUCUGUAGUUCAGAUGCAUUAUCUGAAUUGUUGAUAUCUGUUGACAUCGACAUAUAUAUCAACCGAACCACGAGUGGUUUUACAGCAAGGGAUCAAGGGGAAGAGUCGACCUGCUAUGCGUUUGCAUCCGCUACUGUGCUCCAUUUGGCAAUGCAACGAUUUCAUGGACGAGAAGAAGGGUGUCCUAGUUUUGAUAAGUUAAAAGAUGAAAUGAUCGAUGCCUAUGGAAGAAAGUGCGCUGAUACAAGGAACGUUUUGGAGAAAAUGUGCCGAAUGUAUAAUUUAUGCUGCCGCCAAGUAUGCGUAAAGGAAGCAAAGGAAGCUAUCGUUGCGAAACGUCCCGUGGUAGCCAGAUUUCGUCUUACAGCCAAACAAUGGGAUGCUUUUGACAACUUCUACGAAAACAAUCCAACUGAUAUACUCACUAAAAAAGAACUUGGUCUCCCUCGUACUUCCAAAACUGAAGGCCAUGCCGUCGUUUUGAUGAGUUACAACAGCAAGUGCUUAAUCUUCAUGGAUUCCUGUGGGCCAGACUGGCCUAAAAUCGUUAAAGGACAAGAUGAAAAGAGUGAAAAGAUCUUGAAUGGAAUCUUUAAAGUGGAAAAUGCAGAUGUGCUUCCUAAACUGGAAUUCUUCGAUGUUUUCUGGGAGUUGAAUACACUGACUGAAAGACAGAAAGAGUAUUACCAAAAUCAUAAAUCUGAAGUAGCUGAGAGGUUAAGGAACUCGUUGAAAGGCUUGCAAAAAGCGGAGUACACGUGCCCAGAAUGUAAGCAAACGUCGUUGGUUACUGAAUUUACUGGAACGCUUUUGGAAGUUCAGUGUCCUAAGUGUUCGUGUAAAUUUUCAACCAAUGAUAACGCAGGAAAUAUUCUAGCACUGAAUAUCUACUUGACAACUUUGAGCGAAUAA